UCAGUUUCAGGUCGAACGUGAAUCGUGGAGCACGCCAAAUGUACGUCCGGAAUUGUCUGCCGUUCCUCUGGAGCUGUUUGCUGAUCUCAUUGACGGCCACAACUAGUGCUGAGGAGGACGCGGAUGCAGAUGUGGAGAAUACAUCUAGAAUCGUGCUGGUUUCCAGUUUGGAAGGUCAUUGUCAAACGGAGGGCAAGGUAACCAGCUGCAGGGGUUUCGAGUUUGCGGGAGAGGACGAGAAGGCCACCUUUGAUCUGCCAACGGAGGUGCGGAUUGCUGAGGAUGGCACCACCUACGAAGUCGGCGAUGAGGAGCAAUCGCGAACCCUGAUCUUCGAGAACUGCACCUUCACAAACUUUCCCCUGCGAUUAUUUUACACUCUGGAGGUCAGUGAGCUGGACAUGCGAGGCUGUGGCAUCCGCUUCAUUUACUGGGAGAACUUUUCCAUUGGUGCGGAUAAGCUAGUGAUCCUUCUGCUGAGCGAUAAUCAGAUCGAAGUGCUGCCCACGAAAACCUUCAGGGGAGCCGGAAACUUGGAGUUUCUCUUCCUGAAUCGCAACAAACUGGGCAAACUGCAAGCGGGUGCGUUUGAUAAUCUCGCGAACUUGCAGUAUCUGGAUCUCACUGAGAAUAGCCUGGAGGAUUUACCCGAGGGUGUAUUUGCCCAACUGAAGAGUCUGCGGCACGUGGGCCUGGCCGAUAACCAACUGACCACCAUUGAAAGCGAUUUAUUUGCCCAAAAUCCGGGCCUUUUGUCGGUCGCAAUGCAGAACAACCGACUGCGGGAGGUGGGCGAGUACGCCUUUCGAUCCCGGGGACCACAUCACCAGAUGCAGUACGUGGAUCUAUCGCAUAACCCCGAGCUGGCUGUGCUUCUACUGAACAUUAAUGCCACCAAUCUGACCGUUCGCAAUUGCUCUCUGGACCGUGUCAAUUUGUACGGAUCGGUGACGAAUGUCGAUCUGAGCGACAAUCGCGUGCGAGAGCUAUACUUUCCCGCCUCGGAGGCCCUGGAGCACUUGGUGCUGCGCAACAACUCGCUGAUUCAGCUGGCGUCGUUGAGCCGGGUGCCCAAACUCCGGCACCUGGAUGUGUCGGACAAUCCGAGACUGGGGCCGUUGCCCGAGGGCUGGCGGACGCCACAUCUGGAGAUGCUGGUGCUGCGGAACACGGGCCAGGUGGAGCUGCCGCUGGAAGCUUUGCAGGGUAUGCAAAAUCUGCAAAAACUGGACAUUUCCGGUAAUAAUCUGACGGAAAUCGAUCCCUCCGCGUUCCCUACACUCACGCAACUAACUCACUUCUACAUUCAUGGCAAUAAUUGGAACUGCUUCAGCCUGAGAAACAUUAUGGAUGUUCUCAUCCGUGCCAAUGGCAUUGCCUACACAGUGGACAACUACGAUCCGGAUUUCCCGGGGGAAUACUUUCACGGAAUAGCCUGCAUGUAUCGCUUGCCCGAAAAGGAGGGUGUGGAUUUUUCCUCCUCGGAAAUGUCUGCCAGUGUGGAGUCCUCCCCAAUAACAAGUAAUUCUGAUUCAAGCGAGGUGGACAAACUGCGUGAGGAACUCAAAGCGAUGGUGCAGCACUUUGAGUCCAAGUUUGAUUUGAUGUUCAGUAAACUCUCGCAAUUGAAUGAUCAGAUUCAGGCUCUUGAAGUGUUCAACAAAACUGUUUGGAGUCAGGUGACCUUGUCCGUCUAAAGCUCUCCACAUUUUUGCUUCAAAAAGAUGUAAUAUAUUGCCUAUUUUAUGUGAUCGCAUUUUAAAAGCUUUACAAUUAUAUACACAUAUAAAAGAAGAAUUUUCUAAAGCUUCUCAGCAUUAAACAUACAAUUUUCCAGUCUAAUAAAAAAAUCAUUUUUACUCGUCCUUCAAAAGUACUUAUCAGGUAGGAGGAAACAGUCAGUCUGUCCGUCCGUAUGAACGUCGAGAUCUCAGGAACUAAAACUUGAAAGUUGAACUAGACAUGCAGAUUCCAGAGACAACAACGAACCGCAAGUUUGUUUCCCGAUAUUGCCACGCCCACUACUCCCACAAGCUGAGUAACGAGUAUCUGAUAGUCGAGGAUCUUGACUUUAGUUCCCAAGUCUCCAAACCAAUUUCUGCUGUCCAUACUCCAUUUCCCUGCUGAUGUUGCCUUUCCAGCCCCCAAAAUCAAUGCAAUUUGCAACAUGACCACAUCCAAAUAUUUGUUGGUCGCUGUGUCGUAUACGUAGAAUAAUAUUUAAACAAAAAUAUUGUUUUUCAAGCAAAGCAAUGGCGGUGCUUUGUGUUCCCUUGCUGAAAGAUAUUGAAAGAGGUUCGUUCAACUCGGGCUGGCAAACAAAAAAGAUAAACAAGGGGAAAACUGGAGGCCAAAGAGAAGCUUGAGGAGCUCGAGGAACUUGAGCAAUUGGACAAAGUCAAGUCAAUUACAGAACCAAUAUUUUCGGAAACUAAACAACAAUAUUGAAUUCGAUAGAAUAGCUUUAAAGUUCAGAUAUAAAUUGCCAUCUGCUCAUGCCAGCAGUUUUGAUUAUUUACGCUAUUUUCCUACGAUUCGCUUGCUCACACAUUUAUUGGUAACUAAUUGCUUAGAUAAACAAACAGUUUCGGUUUCAGUGCAGCCACUUCGAAAGGAAGGGCAGUAAAAACCCAUCCAAUCCCACGGAACUCGACGAUCCGAUCACUGGCCAAUCUGCUGAUCCGGAGUAUCGUGUGCAUGUGAUUAGGAAUAAUCUAGAGAUAUAUAUAUCCAUUCGUACACGAAUAUAUCCAUUCGUACACGAAUUUCGAAUACGGUUUGUGUAUAUUGGCAGUGCAAUUUUGGUUUAGAGGUAAUUGGCACGCAAAUCGUGCCAGCUGUAAGUGCGAACAUUCAGUAUUACCAUAGAGUGCGAAUAUCUGUGAGUUAUAUUAGGUGUAUCCGCUGAUCAAAGUUCGAACUUAGCUGAUUGAAAACUUCAGUAGCUAUCUCCCCCAAUUUCUGGGAAUUCAGUUAAAGUGUGUUUGCUUAACUAGUGAUAAUAAGAAAGGCACUUAUGAUUUUAUAACUAUAACUUAAAUCAGUCUCAACGACAUCCAACAAAACUUGAGUUUCUCGAAGAAUGUCCCAAUCGUGUUUUUACCACCAAAAA